AUGUCCGCCAAAAACACCACCCACUGCCUGGACCGCUACGCCAACAACGCCCAUGCCUGGAAAUCAUCCGCAACUACAAGUGGAGAAACACAAUUUAAACGCCCAAUCGGCAUCGUGGAAAGUUUCUUCGACAAUGAUGGAACCAGACAUUAUGGCGGCCGUGCUGACAUGACGGCUACUUUUAAACUCGCGAUUCGCCAUACGCUGUCACGAGAGGAUCUGAGGAAGAGAGUGGCUGCGGCGUGGUGUCUGUUACGCUUGAAUCACGUCCUACUGCAAAGCCGUGUUGAAGAGGAUGAAAACGGGAAGAAAAACUUCGUCGUCUGCGCGCCUAGAUCUGCGGGUGAAGCCAUCCAAGCUGUCGAAAAGGACAUGAUAUGGCUAGAAGACAUUGGGUUUGACGAUACGCUGCAAGAGCUGGAUCUACACCACCACGCAUUGAAUAUCUCAGAUGGAUUGACGGCGUAUAAUUGGUUCAGUCACUUGAUCCGCAUACUAAACACGCCUUACGCCUCCAUCAUCUCGCAGAUCGAGACCGCUAUAUGCCCAGAAGACAUCAAAGCGAGACUACCGCCCGCACAGGAGGAUCUCUACCCAGCAAUCACCGGCAGUUCAGCUCGCCAACGCUGGUUCUGGGCCAUAAUGCGAGUCCUCCGCCACGUGCAGCACACAAUGCCCACCAACCUUCGCCAACCCCUUACGCCGCGCUGA